UUGUCAGUGUCGGUAAAUGUCCGUACUUGGGUUGAAUGUAUAAAAUCCUGUGAUCAGACUACAAACGUGAUGCAAACUAGAAUGCCCAACAAUCCACAAUGAGUACUGAUAUCUGGAGUAUCCUUUACAAAGCAAUAGGUCAGUCAGUACCAAAAUGUUUUCCUUCCGAAGGAAAAACCCUUCUCCGCAACAUUAUCAGACAUACGGACACUCACAACAGGCUUGUGGAGGAAAAUGAAAUGUGGCGACAGAAAAACAUGGAACCAGCAAACCAGCAUGAUGACAGAGACAGCCAGCAGUCUGCUUAUGGCAAGGGAGAUUACUCUGGCUCCUGUAACAACCGGCGAGCACACAUGGAUGACUUGGAGCCACGAAGUACACACUGGAUGAGGGAACUGGAGAAGUUCGAGAGCCAACAGCCUGACAGAUGGGGUCACGGAGGUUAUAAGGAACUCUACCCAGAUGAUUUUAAAUCGGACAGAUCUGAAAGUGAAGAAGAGCAAAAUCGGAAGAGGAAAAAGAAGCGAAAAAAAGAAAAGAAAUCCAAGAAACGUAAGAAGUCAAAGCAUGAUGCAGAAAAAGAGAGCAACUCCGAUUCUAGUCCUCACAAAUAUGAUGAAAAGUCUUGUCAAAAGAGGAAACGACAGAAAGAGCACAAGAAAAAAUCCUCACAUAAACUUUCACACGACAGAAAGAUAAAGUCUCGUCACAAGAGAAAAGGUGAGAAAGAUAACAGGAAAAAUGAACACGAAAGACAAUCUGCACACGCUGACGUGUCACACAGUGAAAAUGGUAGUGACUUUUGCCGGACUAAACGCCCAAAGCGACGAAGCUAUGAUCGCAAUGUCGCAGAAUCUCAUGUUGGUAAAUCCACCUCAUCAAGCUCAGAGUCAGACUAAAAGCUCAUUAACCUUGCCAAAUGAAAGAAUUUUUGUUUUUAAUUAUUAGUAAAUACUGUCAGUGUGAAGUUGGUUGCCAUUAUGAUCUUUUUAUUGCAACUCGUAUGACUUUUUAUGCAAUUUUAUUACGGAAAUAUUUGUAGAUUGUUUUUAUAUUCUUCUUGUAACAGGUGGAACAUGCAUCCUUAACUCCUGUUCCAUUUUAGACAUCUAGCAGAAUACGUGGCAUCUGAAUUUGACAUGCUCCAUUAUGUAUUCAGAGGGCAGAUGAAUUCUAUGCAAAGUUGGUGUAUAAGUUUUUAUCCAAACUCUUCCUUUGUUUAUAAAAUAAUGACUUUUGUAAUAAAAUUUGUUUCACCGUCCUUUUUUAUAUCAGAAAUUCAGAAUACCCUGGUUUUCAAAUUAAGCCUGUUAUUCGUCUAGAUUUUAAGACACAGUAGGAUGUAGUUUAUGUAUAGAGAUGCUCGAUCUUCCAUAUCUCAAUCUGUUCACCCAAAAUUGAGGUAAAAAUCGGGUUCUUUGGAUAUAAGCUGUAUUUAGAGAAUUUUAGGAAACUUGUAUACGUGCGACGUUUUCAGAUUAAAAUCAGAGUUAUCCUUCCUUGUUGUUUUAUUGAUAUAUUCACGUGAUGUGAUUAUUUCAAACAUUUUUACAGUGUAUCAAAACCGUCGUGUAAGUGAAUUAUUCUUGAGUACCGCAUAAAACACCAAUCAAAUAAAUAAAUAAAUAUUUCUUGAUGUGGCAUUCAGCGAUAAUCAUUCAUCCAUUCAUUUCCUAAUGAAAGAUUAAGUUUUGUAUUGUCAGAAGUUUUAUAUUGUGCUUUAUUUUCCACGUUGUUUGACCAU